GUGAAAGACUAUAAUGUGCUGUUCAGGAAUAGGGAUAGGAAGCUUCUAUCCUUCCGUUCAAAGACCAAAGGCAGGUGUAUUCUGGCCCUGUUUUAUCAUAGUGUGUUAUAUUGUGUUCUCGAUCGCUUACGUAACAGACAACAGGUGUGAAUAUUUGAAUCAUAUGGCAACGUUUACAACUUUGGAGACUGUAGCAUAUGUUCUUCAAAUGAAGUAAAUAGAAAGCAUACUUUGAACCCUUCCCUUUAUGUCCGGAACAACAGUGAGGUGUAAAAGAGAGCUGGUGAAUAGUCAGAAAUGGCCUCCAUUGACGUCAGUUAUAUAUCUGGUGACCCACACCGUCUCUCAGAAGUGAGCAUUGUGCUGCUGGGAUGCAGGGAUUCUGGGAAAAGUUCUGCAGGAAACACCAUCCUGGGCCAAGACGUGUUUGAUUUACAGGAAAAUGUCCGCUGUGUGAAAAGACACGGAGAAGUAGCAGGCAGGAAGAUCACUGUAGUUGAAGCUCCAGGAUGGUGCUAUGAUAACCCUGUGGAGGAGAGCACCGAGCAUCUGAAAGAGGAGAUCAUCCUCAGUGUGUCUCAGUGUCCACCAGGUCCACAUGCUGUACUGGUGGUAAUAAAUGUUGAGAAGAAUUUCACAGAAAAAGACAGAGAAAUAUUAGCAGGAUAUCUCAGUCUUCUCGGUGACAACAUCUGGAGACACAAAAUAGUUCUGUUCACCUUUGGAGACUCUCUGGGUGACACAACCAUAGAGAGACACAUUGAGAGUAAAGGACAGGCUCUGCAGUGGCUGGUAGAGAAAUGUGGGAACAGAUAUCAUGUUUUUAACAACAACAUGGAUGAUGACUCCCAGGUUGCGGCACUGCUGGAGAAGAUUGAGAAGACCAUGGCGGGAAAUGAAGGAUGCCGUUUGAUAACGGACGUGAAGACAUUAUGCAGGAGUAAAGAGGAUGAAGAGAGAAGGACUAGAGGCACCAAUUAUUCACAAUAUUUCAUAAAUGUGCUCAUAUAUAUUCUCAAAUUCCUCUCGUUCAGUUCUCAGCAGGUGUCAGUGCCUGUGUGGAGUAUCACACGUUCGCAGUUUCCUCCCACCUCCCAAAAACAUGCAGUGGUUUUGAACAGUGGGACUGAAAAAAACACACAAUCCACAUCAACACUGCACCCAGAUGCGACCCGGAACGAGACAAGGACCUUAGAAAACACUGAAUUAUUUACUCCUGAGUUGGAUGAAGACUAUCAUAAAGAUAAGAACAGAAAUGAAUACAGGUUUCUCUGCCCUCGUGCUGGUCAGUUUGAGUGCAAACUGACCAGCCUUGUGUUUGAGAUGGAAGGGAAGGGUGUAGUGAUGUACAGAGUAGUGCCCUGGGACAACCACGUCUUGGCUGGAUUACACCACAUGGAUCCUGCAGGACCUCUGUACAGUAUAGACUGCCUUGAAGGUUCAAUCAGUUACCUGCACCUUCCACACUGUGAGGUCCAUUGGGAUGUUACAGAUACAGAUGUGGUUCAACUGACCGUGGCAUGUGUGACGGGGGAAAAUGUAGAAAACCUUCAGCCGCUGAAAGUAACGAACACACGUGUGAUCAUAGAUGUUCAGAGACAACAUCUCUCCUGCGUUGGCGUCGUCAAAGAGCUGCUAUUCCAGUCAUAUCCCAUCAGAGCUCAAGUCUUACUAUUCUGUAAAAAAACUGAAGAACACAGGAUGAGUAAACUGUACGUUCAUCUGUUGCCGGGUAACGUGCCAGUGAAAGAGGUGCAGAAACAACAUAACCCCAACACAUACAUUAAUACAACCUCUGAAUGUCAGCUGACUCCUGGUUACAUCUACAGCCCAUGCUGUAAAACUACUGACCAUGACUUUGUGUCCAAACCAAAGGAUGAAACGUUUAACUGCGAUUACAGCACCGAAUUUCCUCCUACGUUCGAGGUGCUGUUUAAUCCUGAGGUCGAUAAAUUCACUUUAAGUCUUUUGGAUGAAAAUGGCCAGGAGGUUUGGAAGCCUUGUACGUUCUUGCUUACAGGUGCUGAUCUAGAUGUGGAUGAACACAGACACAUUCUGGCUCAGAUUCCUUCUUCGUUAUAUCACAUUGGAGACUGUAUUGAAGGGCAUCCCAAUGAAGCCAGCUUCAACCCUGAGCUCAAGAUUCAGGAUUUCACACAUUCUACCGACGUCUAUAAGGGUUUCGUCCAGAUGCCUCUCAUUUACCAAAAACAGCCCAAAGGAGACAUGGCAUUUUUCAUUCCAGAAAUGCUUGAAAGUUGUCCUAUGGACAGGAAUAGCUGUGAAUACAGGUUUGUCUGCCCUCAUGCUGGACAGUUUAAGUGUGAACUGACCAACCUUGUGUUUGAGAUGGAAGGAAAAGGUGUAGUGAUGUACAGAAUCGGGUCCUGGGAAGGCCGGCUGUUGGACAGAUUACCACAGAAUGAGCCUGCAGGACCUGUGUAUAGUAUCGACUGCCAUGAAGGUUCAAUCAGUUACCUGCACCUUCCACACUGUGAGACUUGUACAGAUGAGGUUAAACUGACCGUAGCACACGUGACCGAUGGAAACGUGAAGAUACUUCAGCCUCUAAAAGUAACAGACACACACGUGAUCAUACAAAUCCAUGGUCUUUCCCUGUUCGGUCUUAUAAAAGCACUGCUAUUCCGAGCGUAUCCCAUCAGAGCCCAAGUUCUACUGUUCUGUAAAAAAGUGACUGGAAAUCACAGGAUGAAUAAACUGCACAUCCAUCUGUUACCGGGGAACGUUCCGGUUAAAGAGGUGCAGAAACAACAUGAGUGCAGCGUGUACAUUGAGACGACCUCCAUGUGUAAGCUGAGCCCCGGUAAGACCUAUGAGCCGUGCUGUAAGUCUAAUAACUGUGACUACAAACACCAACCAGAGGAUGAGACGUUUGAGUGUGACUAUGGACCCAACUACCACCCUACAUUUGAGGUGCUCUUUAAUACUGAGGUUAAUCAAGUCAUAUUAAGUCUUCUGGAUGAAAAACGCCAGGAGGUGUGGACGCCUCGUACAGUCUUAAUUACAGGUACAGAGUCAGAGGCAACCAACAUGGAUCUAAUAGGUGCUGCCUUCGUGGAUCAACACCGAGAUGCUUUGAUUCAGAGAGUUCCUUCAGUAAUGGAGAUUGCAGACUGUCUAAUAGCCAGGAAAAUUAUAACUAACGAAAUGUUCAGUAAUAUCCAUGCAAAGGAAACACCGCAAGCCAAAAUGAGAGAAGUGUACAAAUAUCUCGACUCAGCAGGACAUUCUGCGAAAGCUCAAUUCUGUCAAAUUCUCAGAGAGAAACAUCACGAUUUAGUGACGGAGCUGCAGUCGACUCAGCGGUUUAAGAUACAGAGACGUGACCUGCAUCGUCUCUUAGAAGUGAGGAUUGUGCUGCUGGGCUGUAGAGAUGCAGGGAAAAGUUCAGCGGGAAACACCAUCCUGGGCGAGGAAAAAUUUGAGUUCAACCAAACUUCACAGUGUGUGAAGAGACAAUUAAAUGCAGCUGAGAGAAAGAUCACUCUGGUAGAAGCUCCAGGAUGGCAGAGAGAUAAAGCUGUAGAACAGCUGCUCAAACAGGAGAUUCAGAGCAGUGUGUCCAUGUGUCCUCCAGGUCCACACGCUGUACUGCUGGUUAUACGUUUGGACUUUAAAUUUACAGAAGAAGAGAGAAAAGCGUUAGUCAGAUAUGUAGAUCUUCUCGGCCCGACUGUCUGGAGACACACCAUAGUUCUGUUCACCUUUGGAGACACUCUGGGAGACACAACCAUAGAGAGACACAUUGAGAGUGAAGGACAGGAUCUGCAGUGGCUGGUAGAGAAAUGUGGGAACAGAUAUCAUGUUUUUAAUAAUGAAAAGAGAGACGAUGUCUCUCAGGUCUCAGAGCUGCUGGAGAAGAUUGAGGAGAUGCUGGCAGGAAACAGUGGCUGCCAUUUGGAAAUAGACAGAAAGAUAUUACAAAAUGUGGAAGAGCAGAAAAAAGCAGAGGAAGAGAGGUCAACAGAGAGGUUGAUGAAGGUGUCAAGGAAGAGGGAAUACAUUAGAAAACACAUAUUAAUGCACCGUCUGUCAGAAGUGAGGAUUGUGCUGCUGGGCUACAGCAAUGCUGGGAAAAGUUCAUCAGGAAACACCAUCCUGGGCGAGGAAAAAUUUGAGUUCAACCAAACUUCACAGUGUUUGAAGAGACAAGGUCAUGUAACUGGGAGAAAGAUCACUGUGGUUGAAGCUCCAGGAUGGCAGAGAGAUAAAGCUGUAGAACAGCUGCUCAAACAGGAGAUUCAGACCAGUGUGUCCAUGUGUCCUCCAGGUCCACACGCUGUACUGCUGGUUAUACGUUUGGACUUUAAAUUUACAAAAAAAGAGAGAAAAGCGUUAGUCAGAUACGUAGAUCUUCUCGGCCCGACAGUCUGGAGACACACCAUAGUUCUGUUCACCUUUGGAGACUCUCUGGGAGACACAACCAUAGAGAGACACAUUGAGAGUGAAGGACAGGCUCUGCAGUGGCUGGUAGAGAAAUGUGGGAACAGAUAUCAUGUUUUUAAUAAUAAAAAGAGAGACGAUUUCUCUCAGGUCUCUGAGCUGCUGGAGAAGAUUGAGGAGAUGGUGGCAGAAAAAGGCUGUCUUCUGGACAGAGGGACAUUUCAAUACCUUAAAUCUGGGAGGAAGAGAACAGAGAAAGAACAGAGAGCAGGAGGAGGACCUUUUAUAGCUUUAGCAUGUGAUGAUCUUGCUUGGCGUGAGAUUGUUCUCCAUGGGUCAACCCAAGUCCUUUAUCCUACGCACUCAGACAGGUUUUCGAAGUCCCGUAUGUCCAGAUUCUAUCAUCCAUUUUCACCAAAACAGGACCCAGACUCCUCUAUAGGGACUCAUGACAAAACAUUCAGGACUCUCCACCUUCAACCUGGACAGUUUAAGUGUAAAUUCUCUGACCUUGUGUUUGAGAUGGAGCUGGUAGGCAGACUGAUGUAUAAAGUAGUGUCCUGGGACAGCCAUGUCUUGGAUGGAUUACACAACAUGGAGCCAGCAGGACCUCUGUACAAUAUCGAGUGCUAUGGAAGUUCAAUCCAUCGCCUUCACCUUCCACACUGUGAAACCCGUACAGAUGAGGUUAAAUUGAUUGCAGCUCAUGUGACUGGUGGAAAUGUGGAGAUCAUUCAGCCAGUAGAAGUAACAGACACACAUGUGAUUAUAGAAGUUCAACACCUCUCAUGUUUUGGUCUCUUAAAGCCAUUGUUACACAGAGUGUAUCCCAUCAGAGCCCAAGUUCUGUUGUUCUAUGAGCAAAGUCUGAGUAAACUUCACAUCCAUCUGUUGAAGCGGAAUGUUCCGGUCGAAGAGGUGCAGAAAAAACAUCAGAGAUUCACAUACAUUACAACAAGCUCCAAAUGUAUACUGAGCCCUCGUAAAACAUACAGGACCUGCUGUAAAACUGAUGACUGUGAUUAUGUUUCUCAACCAGAGCAGGAGAAGUUUGAUCGUGACUAUGACCCAAACUACCACCCUACAUUUGAGGUGUUCCUCAAUACUGAUGUUAAAAAAGUCACAUUAAGUAUUUUGGAUGAAAAAGACCAGGUGGUGUGGAAGCCUCGGACUGUUGUUCUUACAGGUAGAUGUAGAGUCUCAAACAGUAACGAUUCACCCGGUGCUGAUUUUGUGGAUAAACACAAACCUGAUCUCAUUCAGAGAGUUCCUUCAGUAAUGGAGAUAGUAGACUGUCUAAUAUCCAAGAACAUUAUUACUCAUGAAAUGUACAAUAAGAUCAAUAUAGAGGCAACAUCCCAAGACAAAAUGAGAGAAGUGUACAAAUAUCUCAACUCAGCAGGACGAGCUGCGAAAGCUCAAUUCUAUCAAAUUCUUCUAGAGAAACAUCACGAUUUAGUGACGGAUCUGGAGUCGGGAUCGGGUCUGGAUUAGUGGAGGUUUAACAGAGUGAAUCACAUGCACACAGGGGUGUAGACCUGAUUCUUGGGCCCCAUGUAAAGACAUUUUCUGGGGGCCAUUUUCCCAUCAUCUCAUGAUCAAUGCCAUUUGUAACUUUAACUUUAAUAACUUUAAAUACACAUUUCACUCACAGAUACAGUAACUGCUGAUA